AUGAGAGCUUAUUAUACUAGGAAAGUUACGGGCACCAUUUUAUCUACUAGUAGUAGCUUGCUAGCUCAGCAAUGCCAAUGCCGUUUCCAACUCUCUCUCCUCACUCUUCUUCUCACACCGGAUUAUCCAAUUCCAAUCACCAUUCUUGGCAAGCAGACCGAGCAGAAGAAAGAAACCAUGAAGAUAAUGGUGGCGAUAAAGCGGGUCGUCGACUACGCCGUCAAAAUCCGAGUCAAAUCCGAUAAGGCAAGGCCAAUCGAACACAAACCCAGUUCGUAUUUCAUUUCAAAAUCAUGUCUUUCUAAUCGAACAGUUUCAUUUCGUUUUGUUUCACAGAGCGGCGUGGAGACCCAGAACGUGAAGAUGUCGAUGAACCCAUUCUGCGAGAUUGCUUUGGAAGAGGCCCUUCGGAUCAAAGAGGCGGGCAUGGCCUCGGAGGUCGUGGCAGUCACCAUGGGUCUAAAGCAGUGCGUCGAUACGCUCAGGACAGGCCUUGCUAUGGGAGCUGAUAGGGGCAUUCAUGUGGAGACUGGUGGUCCUCUGUACCCUUUGUCUGUUGCUAAGCUUUUGAGAGCUCUCGUGGAGGUUGAGAAGCCUGGCCUUCUCAUUCUUGGCAAGCAGGCUAUUGACGAUGAUUGCAAUCAAACGGGGCAAAUGGUGGCAGGGCUGCUGAACUGGCCUCAAGGGACCUUUGCUUCAAAGGUUGUGCUGGAUAAGGAGAAGCAAGUAGUGACAGUGGACAGAGAGGUAGAUGGUGGUCUCGAGACUUUGUGUCUAGAUUUGCCAGCAGUGAUAACCACUGAUUUGAGGCUGAACCAACCAAGGUAUGCAACUCUCCCCAACAUAAUGAAAGCGAAAUCAAAGGCCAUAAAGAAAUUUUCUCCAGAGGAUCUGAAUGUGGAAAUCAAAUCCGAUAUAGAGGAAGUUCAAGUCACCGAACCUCCCAAAAGAAAGGCAGGGGUCAUCCUUUCUUCUGUGGAUGAGUUGAUUGACAAGCUUAAGAACGAAGCCCGUGUGAUUUAA